AUGUCUCUACAGCUGUGUACCGAUGUCGCACUCAGUAAGUAUCGGACUGUAGACGGAAGCUGUAACCAUCCCAAGAACUGGGGGACGUCCUUCACCCCUGUGGCUAGAAUCUUGCCUCCUGCUUACGACGACAAUGUUGGCUCGCCAAGAACACGUGGAAAAGACGGCUACCCACUGCCCAACCCAAGGACCAUCAGCAGCUACGUCCACCCAUCGACUUCAGAUCCUGCAGCAAGGACAAUCAUGGUUAUGCAGUGGGGUCAGUGGCUGGACCAUGACAUCACAGAGUUUCCAGUUGUAACAAAUGCCAAUGGACCGGUCAAAUGUUGUGGACCCAAUGGGACUCUACCUACUGGUGAGACCAACCCCAACUGCUUCCCAAUCCUGUUACCAUGUCAUGAGGUCAACUUUGCAGGCAGCUGCAUGGAGUUUAUUCGGUCUGUUGGAGCCACUGAUCGAGACGGAUGUUUGUUAAACCCCAGAGAACAAGUCAACUCUCUGACUUCGUUUGUUGACGGCUCUCAGAUCUAUGGUUCAACAGAGGAACUAGCAACAAGAUUGAGAGACGGCACAGGAAUCUUAUUGAAAACUAAGAAAGGCUUUUUUCUACCAGAGGAUGAGUCUGCUUCUUGCAUUCUGAGACCUGGGACUAACGACUACUGCUUCUUGUCAGGGGAUCAUCGUGUGAAUGUACAGCCAGGCUUGGGCGCCAUGCACACUAUUUGGCUUAGGGCACACAAUUCUCUUGCCAAGGAACUGAGAUCUGUCAGACCUGCUGACUCCAACGAAGAAAUAUUUCAACUGACCAGAAAGAUAAUUGGAGCCUUACAGCAAGUCAUAACCUACAACGAAUGGCUGCCCAUCAUCCUAGGGACAGAGGCCAGCAAGCUUAAGCUGACAUCUAAGACUGGACGCACCACGCUUAUCCCCGAGGUCGACCCCAGGAUUCUCAACGAGUUCGCCACGGCAGCCAUGAGAUUUGGUCACUCCCUCAUCCCCGAAGUACUUCCCAUUGGUAGCAGAAAAGUUUUACUCAGAAAACUUUUCAACAGGCCAGCGGAGGUACUGGAAAACCUUGACGACCUGAUAGCCGGAAUAGCUGGAGUUAGCAGAGUAAUGUCGGAGAGUGUUGACAGAAAUUUUGUUGAGGAGAUCACCAACCAUUUGUUUGAGCCUCCUGCCGCACCAAAGGGUCGCGGCCUUGACCUGGUCUCUUUGAACCUCCAAAGAGGCAGGGACCACGGAAUUCCUCCAUACAGAGAUUACAGGAAAGUGUGUGGUCUUCGUCCAAUUGUAGACUUUGACGACACCGAGGCUCUCGGACCUUAUGCUGCUCAGCUGGCAAGAGUUUACAAGUCAGUUGACGACAUAGAUCUGUUCACUGGGCUAGUGCAUGAACGUCCAUUGAGGGGGGCCAUGGUUGGCCCAACAUUGAGCUGCAUUCUGGGAACCCAGUUCUACAAUCUCAAGUAUGGGGACAGGUUUUUCUUUGAUACCGAUGAUUCAGCUAUCGCAUUCUCGGAUGGUAAGUAUUUAGUUCUACUUAUAGUCUCAUUAUAUAUCAUAAAAAUCUAUGUGCUAUCCAUUAGAACGUCUUCUCGCACUGUAGAUAUAGAAAUAGAUUGAUCAACGACGCAAUCUGAAUGCGCUCAUUUAAAUAUGCGAUCUAAAUCGGCAGGGAAAACUAAAUGGUCUUUAAUGAAUCUGUGAACUCGCUCUUCACCGAAAGGAAACCUGAAAUGUUCUGUUUUAAAAAUCUAAAUGAAACACUAUUCAUAUAGUCCCGAUAUACAUAUAUUAAAUAGAAGAAGCUAUACAUUUUAUUUCUUUAAGACAUCCAGGAAGAUUGUGAGAUAGUAAGGCUGACAUUGUAACAUCGCUUCUAAUAGUCUAGAUCUGAAGUUUAGUCUUAUAGGGUAAGGUUCACACAUUCGCUGUCGCGUGCGCGAGUCAAACACUGCAAAG